CAAAUUUCAGCUCUCCAUUCUAAUCUCUUGGCGGCCCAAACAGAGCCCAAUGGACUCGUCUUCCUCCUCCUCGUCCCCGGCGGAACCCAGCACCAUCACCGGAGCCACCACUUCGCCGCUCAUCCUCGGCGGCAUAAUAAGCUUAGACAGCAAGGUCUCGUUCCAGCUCCACACUCUCUGCCGACCAUUCCUUCCUCACUUCAUCCUCUUCCUCCUCGAACUAUCAGCCGAUUUUCGCUUCUUCUUCCCCAUCUCCCUCUCCCUCCUCCCGGCUCGCCAGCUCCGACCAUUUAUCAUCCCCUUCCUCCUCGGCCUCCUCCUUGACCUUGUCCUCGUCUGCCUCAUCAAGAUUUCCGUCCGUCGCUCCCGCCCUCACUACAACCCCACCAUGAACGUCGCCGUUUCGGCCGACCACUUCUCCUUUCCCAGCGGCCAUUCCUCUAGGGUUUUCCUUGUCGCCUCCCUUGUUCACCUCUCCGCCUCCGUCUUUGCCGAUGCCCUCGGCUCCGAAGGCAAGAUCGUAAAUUUGCUCAUUGCGCUUGUUUGGGUCUGGGCAGCGGCCACUUCUGCGUCUAGGGUUUUGCUCGGACGGCAUUUCGUUGUCGAUGUAUUUGCAGGGGCUCUUUUGGGUGUGCUUGAAGGUCUCUUCGCUUUGCAUUUUCUGAAGAUUGAGAAAUUCUUUUGAGGUAACAAAUUACCAAAGCAAUUCUUCCAUUUGUGGAAAAAAAAAAUGAUUUUUGAUAAAUCUAAACUGAUAUCAAAAGCUCUGUAUCUGUUAGCAACAAUUGUAUUGUAUGUACUAAUUUGUUAAGAUCCUUAUCUGUAAUCAUAAUCAAUGAUCAUUGUUUGGAAGAUCCAAUCUUCCCCUUGAUUUUGGGAUAUAGUAUUUAUAGUCUUUCACUGGUGGAAUUAGCAGUGUACAAAUUCAUUUUGAAUGAUUGUUUCAUCAAGCUAAAUGAAACUCUUUUUUUA